GUAAAAUGGCUAAACACAAAAAGAAUAAUAGAAGGAAGGGACACAAGACAGAGACUACUGAAGUUAUUGGCAUAGGCACCAAAGAUUCAUCACAAAUCAUACUCAUCGGCAGGAAUAGAGAGGCAGCAAUGAUUUCCAAGGAGAUCCCUAAUCAUCAAGAUCAAUUAAGGAAGAAGCAAAUAAAGGAGGAAGAUAGAUAUGGCUCGAUGUCAGAUUCAAGAUCUUCCAGUAGUUUCGCUGAUGAAGAAAAAGCUCCUUCAGAUAACGACCUUGAACUCCUACGUAAAAUGAUAGCUCAAUUGCAAAGUUUCUCUGAGAAGUCUAAAAAGGGCAUCCAAGAAGCAGAGGAGAAGAAGGAAGAAUUACUUUCUAAAAUAGACGAGAAGCCAAGACCCUUGGUUAAUUUCCUGUCAAACAUUCAAGAUAGUUGCAAAAAGGAAGAAGAAUCAAUGCUAAAACUUCAAGAAGAGAGAGCCAAGGUAGAAUUGGAAAUCAGACAAAGUGUGCACAACUUAAUUCACCCUCAAGCCAAGGAGUAUUAUGCUGAAGAGACAGAGGCUAAAAUUAUCAAAUAAAACCAUUGACAUCCUCAUGUCUGAAAAAGAUAACAGAAAUAGCAUUCAAGACAUCAUCAAAAGCUAUGUGUUAAAGAUGAAGGUUCGGAACAAAAUCGGACUCAAGCUCAGCAGAUGGGUGGGCUACACAGAGCUUUCAAAAGACUUAAUUGGUAACCAGGAAAGGAUUCCGAAGUUGCUGAACCAUAUGAAAGAUCCAACAAAUUCUGAGACGAAAACUGAGAAUAACUCGAAACUUAGCAGAAGUAGUUCUAAGAAGAAUAAAGGAAAAGGAUCUCUACAGAAGCAAGAAGUCCAAAACCCUCAAAUAAAGACUAGCAAGUAUGUUGAUUAUUUCAAAUAAACUACUCGAGAAAAUUAAGAAGAGAAAAUUAGACCUCAAAGAAGCCUUGAAGAUCAAAAGUGAGAAUCUUUUUAAGGCCAAAGAGAAGCCAGCCUUUGACUUCUCUGAUGAAAAUUGGCAAACUUCUAUCGGCCAGAGCAGCAUGAUUGACGAAAUGGAUAUCAAAUCAGACCUGUUAGUAACAAUGGAUACAAAUAAUCUCAAGAUGAAGAGAAAGUGCGACGCACUUUCUCUUCUAUCCCAAUAUCUUAGAAAACAUCAAUAG